AUGGUGUCUUCGGAAGAGGAGACGCUGUCAUUGGGGGAGGAGACGGUGCCUUCGGAGGAGGCGACGCUGUCUUCGGUGGAGGAGACGGUGUCUUCGAAGGAGAUGACGCUAUCAUCGGAGGAGGAGAUGGUGUCUUCGGAGAAGGAGACGCUGUCUUCGGUGGAGGAGACGAUGUACUCGGUGGAGGCGACGCUGUCAUCGGAGGAGGAGAUGGUGUCUCCGGAAGAGCAGACGUUGUCAUCGGAGGAGGACACGUUGUCUUCGGAGGAGGCGACGCUGUCUUCGGAGGAGGUGACGGUGUCUUCGGAGGAGGCGACGAUGUCUUCGGAGGAGGAGACGGUGUCCUCGGAGGAGGCGACGCUGUCUUCGGAAGUGUAG